CUUGAUAUCAGUCUGUGGAGUGAUAUAGCUCGGAAUCUCAAUGGUCAGGAACUGGCUGUCCUUGGUCGUUCUGGGCCAGUCAUGCUUGCUGUUUGCUCACUGCGAGUCACUGGCGCUACGAAAGGAGGUUACUCUCUGACCAGUACUCCAGGCACACGUUGUGUUCUCAACCCUGUUUCUGAAAUGGCUCACCUGGUCCAAUCUGUGUUCUUUGCCAGCACUAAUACAUGUCAAUAUUACCCUCCGAGGUUUGCAACUCCUACUGAGGCAGCGGCCUUCGAAGCUGAAUGUACGAAGACUGUGUCACAACUGCUUGCUUUGUGUUUUCCACCUGUUGCCGAUUCUACGCGUUACCAUUGCUCUGGUCGGAUCGUUUCGGUUGAUUCUUCUAUGCAGUGGUACUACUUGGGUUGUGCGCUUUGUUCCAAAGCAGCCAUAGAUUAUGAUGGUGUUGACAAAUGGUGUGAUGACCACCGUCGUUUGGUGCCUCAACAAACACAGAACUUUUACAAACUUCGGGUAACAGUUGAUGACAACACUGGAUCAGCAGCUUUUGUUCUGCUGGGUAGGGCCGCUGACCUUCUUGUGGGCUUGACUGCUAACGAUCUCUCUACUAGGUUUCCUUACCAGCGCAAUGUUCUUCCACAAGAACUUCUGGCUCUUGAAGGA